AUGCUGGAGGUCACUGGAUUUGAGGUGGUCGAGGAAGUGAGACUUCAGAGCAUCACUCGCAGGGAUUUUGGCCAAGAGCAUGAGCCCACGAAACGCCGUCUGGAAAGUAGUCGAAGCAAGACAGAGCAGCCUUUGAGGUUCAUUAAAAACACUAAACCCUCGGCAGCAUCUUCCAUAACACCUGAAGGUGGAGCGCUGUCUUAUUACCGGGCAGGGGACGUGGGCGAGCAAGCCACGUUCAGGGUCACGGGCGCCAGCUGGGAGGGACGGACGGAAGGCGCCCCGGACUCGGGGCUCCCCGCCAGCCCUGGGUUUCCCGCGGCGGGCGCACCUGGACACCGCAGCCGCCGCGGCCGCUGUCCGCCCUGCCCGGAUCCCACUCGGAGAUCCCAGCGGGCGGGAUGGGGGAGCUGGGCGCGCACUCAGGCUCGGCCGAGGCAGCCUGAGGAAGGCAGAGAAAGUUGCCUUCUCCUCGACGUCGGCGGCCCCCCCUCCGCCCCGCUAGCCUGCAGCCGCGGGCCGGGUGCAAGGUCGAGGCGCGGAGCCAGCAGCGCUCGAAGCCCCGGAGACCGUGCCGCGCUCCGGGGCAACGCCGGCCGCGCCCUCCCCGCGCCCGCGGUCGCGCAGCCGGUACUCACCACUCGCUCGGAUCCCCAGGUGGCUGCCGCGGAGGGCAGCGUGGCCGGAGCCGGGCCGGAGCCGCGCUCGGCGGGGCGGGGGAGCCGGGGAGGGCGGGCGGCGGCGGCGGUGGCGGGGAAGGGAGGAGGCGGCGGAGGAGCCUGCAGACGCCGUGCAGCCCAGAACGCAGCUGGGCGGCCGCGGCAGCAGGGGCUUUAUCACCGCCGCCGCCGCGCGGGCCCCCGCCCCUUCCUGCCGCCCCCGCCCCGGCCCGCCCCGCCCCGCCUUCCCGCCGCCUCCUUUGUGUGCCCGGCGGGCCGCAGCGUCCCCGCGCCGGGACUCCGGGACGCCCCCCUCUCCGUUCCCGUUCUCCCGGAUGCCGCCCCCAAGGGGUCCGCGUCGUGAGACUGUGCCCAGGCAGCGCUUAGGAGAGCAGCCGACCCCGAGAACCCUCGCUCUCAGGCCCAGGUCCCCCAGUGGGAGAAAGAAAUGCCGCCCGUCUCCUUUGACACAGCCCUGAAUUGAGGCUGCAUCCGCUGCUUGGAGCAACUUGGAAGAUGCCUUUGCAGCCCUCCGCUGGCACGCGGUGACCAUGCUACGCAGCCUCUACACGGUGCUGGGGCCGGGCUCCUUUUAAAAGUGAAAUCUAGGCUCCUCCGAGGGUGACCACAGUCAGUCCGUCUUUUUUUUUUUUUUUUUUAAGUUAGUUUUUAAAGUUUUUGGGAUAGCAUUUGUGAUUUACGUUAUAAUCAGAGGCUUCCUUGCUCCAUUAAACAGAACUGAACAAAUAAAAGGUGAAAAGACCAUAGUCCAGCAGGAAAGUAGGCCAGGGGCAUAAACAGCAAUCAAACAAAAAAGGUGUCCAGCUUCCUUCGUGUAUGUUUUGAAAUAAUCACAAAGUCAUUAAAACUGUAAUAGAAUAUAAUUGCUAUCGAUUUUUUGAAAGAGGUUUAAAACAAAGUCUGACAAAACA